AUGUCAGCAUCUCCGGUACUUAUCCUCGACAACGGCGCGUAUGAAAUCAAAGCUGGUUUCUCUGGGAUUGAUUGGGACCCUCGGGUAACGAUACCGAAUUUUAUAGCACGCUCUCGCUCAGAAAAGAAGGUGUAUGUAGGCGAUGAAAUCGAUGGGUGUAAAGAUCUCUCGGGGAUUGUGUAUCGGCGGCCUUUCGAGAAGGGCAUGCUCGUGAAUUGGGACUCGGAAAAGGUAAUUUGGGAUCGCUUGUUCUCGCCAGCAGUGCUCGAUGUGAACCCACAAGAAACGUCGUUACUCGUGACAGAACCAUAUUUCAAUCUCCCCAACAUUUCCGAAACAUAUGACCAGAUGGUUUUCGAAGAAUGGGAGUUUCAAAGCUACUUUCGGACGACCCCUGCGGAUCUGAUACCGUAUGGCGGGCUCUUUGAGAAUGACCUCGGAAUCCCGCCACAAUGUACGGUGGUUGUAGACAUUGGAUACUCCUAUACUCACGUCGUUCCAAUAAAGGACGGUCAAAUUGUCUGGCAACAUGUCAAACGGAUCGACGUUGGUGGCAAACUCCUGACGAACCACCUCAAACACCUCAUCUCUUUCCGGCAAUGGAAUAUGAUUGACCAGACGCAUGUCGUCAAUGCCGUCAGAGAAGCGUGUGGAUAUGUCAGUAUGGACUGGAAGGGGGACAAUGAAAUCUGCAAGCAAAAUCCAAGAAAAAACGGUAUCGUCCAAGAGUACGUCCUACCGGACUUUUCAGCAGCUUCCACCUCCACCUCUCGCACAGGCUACAUCCGAUCCGGACCCAAUGCUUCCAUACCAGAAGAUGUUCACAGGGGUGAGGAUGUGGAUAUGGAUGGUGACACCAGAAUGGAUGGUGAAAGAAAACGGAAAGUGGCGGAAGAAGAGGAAGAGCAGGUUCUGUGGAUGGGGAACGAACGCUUUGCCGGGGCCGAGUUGUUAUUCAACCCUUCAGAUAUUGGCAAGUCGCAAGGACAAUCGUCAAAGUGA